AUGAGCCAGUUCAUUAUUAAAAUAUUACAUGAUCUUGCACAAAUUGGUUCUAUUUAUGUAUUACAAGAUGAACACAAUGUUUAUGUACUAUGGCCUUUUGAACAAUAUGGAAAGGUGAAUGGUCCCUUUUCAGUUGUCGCGAAAUUUUAUGAUCAAAUGAAAACGGAUAUGCUUCGAAUCAAACGUGAACGUGAAUGUAUUAGUUUCGUUAUAUGGCGAGUUUCAGACAACACCGAUAGUCUCAACACAGUAUUUCAAAGAAAAGAUCGACAAGAAGCCGCAUUCAUGUUCGGUCAGUUGCUUAAACGUGUUCUUGUUGAUACCUAUAAUAAAGACGAUGAUUCCAUUGAAUCAUUCAGUGAUUAUAAGAAAUCUGCUCAAUUUUAUAUUCAAUUGCUCCAAGAAUCGAACCUAUUACCUGAUGAACGGGCAAUUGCUUUGAGUAAUCUGGGUUCAACUUACGACAGUGCAGGAGACCAUAGCAAAGCUCUUAAAUACUACUUGGAAACAUUGGAUAUCGAAAAAGAACAUAAAUUAUCUUCUGAUAGGACACUCUGCAAUAUCGGUUAUGCCUAUUGGCGACUUCAACAAUACGAACUUGCACGUAAAUAUUACCAAUUGGCACUCGACAUGGCUUUAUCUCAGCGAGAUAAUGAAUUAAUUGCAUGUAUUUAUGAGAACAUCGCAACUUUAUUAGCUGAUGAAAAUGAUCUUAAUCAAGCCCUUGUCUAUCAUGAUAAAGUACUAAUAAUUCGAGAAGAAUAUUUGCUAUCUAUACAUAAAAAUAUUGCAAUGACGCAUUACCUCACUGGCAACCUUUUAUUUCGACAAAGUAACUUUGAUGGUUCUCUCAAAGCAUUGAAGAAGUGUUUACAUAUUCAACUAUUAUCAUUACCUCCUGAUCAUUCAGAUCUUCAUAUGACGUUUACACGAAUUGCCGAUAUAUAUCGUCAUCUAGGACGACAUGAAGAUGCAUUCGAUGGAAUUGCCCGAGCAAUGAAAAUUAACCUUCAAUCAAUUGAAAUGAAUUGUCGUCUGCUCGGAUCCGAUCAUCCAAACAUACAAUCUGACUUAGAAGAAAUUCGUCUAUUAUCUCCUGAACUCAAUAGAAAUCGAUCAACAAAUAAUAAUAAAACAUAA